CUCGCCGAGAAGGCGGCGGCCUGGUCCGUAGCGAACGUAAUGGGUGCCAAAUCAAAACUGGGUAUGGGACUGAAGAAGAAGAAGAAGCCAAAGACUGUAACGCUGAGGAAAGUCAUCGAGGAAGCCAAACGAUCGAUGAUUCCUAGCAACGAUGCAGGAGUAGCUAUCAGAUCUGCUCUCAAGGGUGCACAAGCUGCCGUCAAACGAGCAGGUGGAAAGCGCAACGUGCGAACACCGCGUAUUCUACCCGUACCGUCCAAAGUCGGAGGCUUCCUGAUGUUUCUCGUCCCCGUGUUUGCGGGUCUCAGUGCCGCUGGAGCGUUGGCCGGCGGUGCUGCAGGUAUAGCCAAAGCCGUGAACGAUGCGAAUGCAAACAAGGAGCAGCUGAAGGAAAGUCAGAGGCACAACGAGACAAUGGAAGCCAUCGCGUUAGGCAAAGGACUGUACUUGAAACCCUACAAAAAAGGACUAGACCUUCAUCUGAAGCCAAAAAACUUAAAGUGAAACUACCACGCUGAGCGUUGACCGAUGCGGAUCUGCUAAAGUACGCCAAGAUCAUGAAGAUUCCACAUUUUCGCGGAGUCUUCAUGCGGAACGCUAUGCCGAA